CCGGUGAAAAUUUUGCUGAGGACCGAGUCCUGCUUUUUCUGGCCCUGGAUUUGCUCCAAACCAAACUUUAUACUAUGCCACAUGCCAUGACCAGCAUAAACAACAGACAGCGAGUGGCGGGUAUGUUAGGUUGAAACCAGAAGAAACUCAUACUGAAUCCAUUGCGCUAACUAUGCUUUGAGUGACGGCCCAUGAAACGAUCGUUGCCCUUGAAAAAAGAGGGGUAUUGGUGCGAAGCAAAAGUGAAAAAGAAACAAACGCCAAAGACCCAUCCAUAUUAACCCUCCAUAGCAUUUUCAAUCAGGGUUGGCAAUAUACAAGCGGCCAGUCGUGAGAGUCAUUGUUCUCUCGUCCACACUUCCUCGUCUCUUGAGCUCGUCUGGUGUUCUCAAACUUUUUUCGCGGGUCAACGAGGCAUUUCUCGCACUGUUGUUGGCCACCUGUGCACUGUUUGCCUGGAGGUCAGGCACAGUAUCCAGACGCUCGCCGCUGCUACCGCUGGCGAAGCUCUUUGCUUUCCCAUAAGCCUCCUCGCUGGCGAAUUGUUGCUCGCCCUGCGUGUCCUCUACCAGUGAUCCUGACCUUUCGGGGGUUCCGUGCGGGCUCCACCGAGUUCCUCCACCUUGUGUAACCUGACCGAGGCCUCCGGACGAGCGAUACGGUGGUGCUGUUUUCCUGCUGCUGGUCGUGCUGCUCCUGCUGGAACUACCUUGCCGGCGGUGAUUGGAUCUCUGAAUGGUGGCUUCAUCUUCGCUUUCCUCGCCCUCCACCUCCGUAGCACUAAGACGUAAAGGAACACCGCCGACGACGUUGAAGUUGCUUCCUGGGGAGUAUCCGAUAACGGUGGGUUUUCCGUGGUGUCUGAUCUUUGCCGCAACCUUUCCACCGGCAGAGCUGAGCCCGGUCGAGGUCCGACCGGCACUCACGGGUCCGAGCGAAGGGCUGUUGUUGGUUCCGACCACCUCGGAGUUAGCCCGCACCUUGGCCAUGCGUUGCUGGGCGAGAAGCCUGGCAUCUUCCUGCUGAGCGCGGUCGCACCAUACCGUAGCUUUUUGCUUUCGAAGGAGGGCCACAUAGCCUCCUGGCUGCUGGGGAGAACCGGGUGCCCCGCCGGAACGGCUCGAGGUCGAUCUCCUGAUGUCCAUGGAAGGGGAGUUUCUGUAAGGGGCACCGCCGCUGGAAUUGGUGCUGAACGUAUUUACACUGGGAGACCGGCGCUGAUGCUGCACAUGAGGUUGAGCCAGAUGUGUUUGCGGGUAGUAAUUGUUUGGAGGGGCGGCCGGCGAUUGAAAGUGGGCGGGAAAGAUGUUCGACGAGGUUGUGCGGGUCCUGGAAUGGGAAUAGGCAAUGGCGCUCAUCGCCGGAUCUAUGGGAGGGGCUCGCCGGCGAGCAUAUUCAGUUUCAAGCAUUGUUCCGGCCGGUCGCGCAUGCGACGCCUGAACAAGCAUGCGCGCAAGGGCGAGUAGCUGAGAGCGUCGUCGAGGUCGAGAGGGGCGAUCGGUGCGGAUAUAAAUGGCGUCGUUAUCUCCAGGGAAACGGCAAGACUCGAAUUGGUGGGUGUCGUAGGACUUUUAGCUUUCAAAAUUGGUUGUCGUGACGGCCACGCCGAGGUUCACCAAGGGCGAUUGGGCGGCCGCCGCUGAGAGAGUGGUGCUGCUAAGAUGAUAGCAACGGCGGAUGGCAAUACUGAUUGGCGCUUGUCUAGUGAAGCUUGAAGCUUUCCCGAGGUCGCGGAGCAGGUCGGGACCGAAGAUCAACGAGGUGAGGAGGAGGAGGACUGGAGAUGUUUGUGUCGUGGAAAUGGAUGAUGGGGGGAAGCGGGACGGGCGUGGUUCAAAAAGGUUGAGUUGAGUGACUUUGGAGCGGCCGAGACUUGGCGCUCCCACGUUGCAUGCCCUGCGGAGACUGGGCAAGUGGUUCCUUGUCCGAUGAUGUUAUGGUGUGGAGAUGAUCCGAGUGCCCGCGGCUGCGCUGCUCCGACUGACAAGGGCGGCCUGACAAGCUCUGGCAAAGCUUCCCUGCUGUUUGCUCACCACACUGAUAAGAGAUCCCCUUCCUUGAUUCUUUGUCUUCCUCGAGAUGAUGCCGUCUUUCCUCGUCUCUCGUCGUCCUGUUUUUCUGUCCUUAAUAUCCAGCCUUUAUUGAAGGAUGAGCCGGACCACCAUCCCACGUCCUGAAAUCACGCCAAAGGGAGAUUGCAAUUGUGGAAAUCGCAAGGGCCGCCGAAAAUGACAAAACGCCGAGACCUGGCCCUGGGCUAGGACCAAAAGUGGGCUUUGUGCCUCCCAGCACAGCUGAACAAGGCUUGAAAGGAAAAAAAUGAGGGAAAAUGGUACUCUGAACCGGCAUCUAUCUUGCAGCGAGGAAGCACAUACCGUCUACGGUGAACACCUCAGUGGCUUGCUUCCUCAACAUCCCUCUGCAGCUGUCUAUCAAAGAAGUUGCCGUUUUGGGUGUUGAUAUUGAUGUUUGCUUCUCAGCUGGGCUUGAAGAACAGGUCUUGAUGGUGGGGUUGAUUGGCGGGGUGGGGUGGUCCACUGUUUGAUGCGCUGCAGCCUGACUUCUUCUAUCAACAUCGAGAUCUUUCACUCAUCAUCAUGGUGGUGGGAGAAGGAAGCAUUCAUGUUUUUGUCGUCGAAAAGCAAGACAAUUGCUGCAGAGUUGGCACACAAUAGGCACACUGUCUCAGACUGCCGGCCACAGAUGAGGGGGUAUUUAUGGCGUACUCACGAAACAACGUCAGAAACACUACUGGAGAGGCACAGAUGCACAGAUUGCAACGUCGAUAUUACGGAACCAACAUCACACACAAUUACCAUACAUACAUAUGCCAACUGUAGAUUUCAUCACAGCGCCCAAACCCCACAAAUGCCAAUCGACGAAACGUUUCUUUCAGUGGCCGGGUGCAUGAAGGAAUUCACCACCUCCGCGGCCGGACUGGGCGACCAUGUUGACUGCUGUCGCUCACGGAAGAAGAGGCUGAGCUUCCGUGCUAUACCGCAUACUUGUUGUCUUCAGAGUGAUUGGUUGCCGCGAUCUCGCUCUCCUAUUUGGGACAUAGGAAGACCAUAUGCAAUGCGAGCAGCGGCUUGCACCACAGCGGCCCGGCCGCUUCUUUGGCCUCUUCGCCAUGCCGGCUUCCCAAAGGGGAACACUGUUGCUGCACGGCAGAUACCUCGCCAGCUGACGGAAACACACAUUGCGAAGAAUCGGAGAAAUUAGAGCGUGCCACGCACGAGGCAAGGCGUCUAGCGCAUCCCACGAUGCUGUGUAUCAGCAGAAUGCCUUUCUUUUGAUGGAAAACGAGCACUGCCUACUGGACAAGCAUAAGAGCUCCCCUCAUCUAUGAUCAGGUAAAUGUUUGUAUCGCUACUACAAAAACUGACCAAUGAGAUGGCUUUCCAGGCCCAUGAUUGUUGCAUGCAAGCGAAGGACAGUGGUGUGCCCAGGGCAUGCCGAUGGCGGGGCUGUCCCUCCGUGGGAAACGGCCUUCUCAUCCGAUCGCGUAGGACCGGGGCGAUCCCGGCGCGGGAGGGGAGCUUUAAACAUGGGACGUUGGUGUCCUCGUACCAUUUCUUCCGUCGUCCGUUCGUUCUCGUGCCAUUGAAAAGAAAUCGGCGCGAUAUCGUAUCCGCGCGGGCAUAUCCGGGCCAAGAUUGUCGUGGUUAGCUAGUCUAGUGUAGUAGCACUCGUUCCUGCGGGAGCAUCCUAACACAACAGCUACGAGCUCAGCCAUGGCCUUCUUAUAUCUUUCCCCUUUACGCGGGAGCAGACUGGCUGUCGGGAACAGGCUUGUGAGAACCUGCGGGGUACCUAGCCAGGACCAGCCUUCCGGGCCUCGGUGCUUGUAAGGGGUUUACCAAAAAGAGGUCGGCUGAGGGUUCGGGAUGCCGGAUAUCCCCCAACCCAGUGUCUUGAAUAUCGAUAGCUCGACAGGAAUAGCUGAGACAAUGGUUGGACUUGCCCCAUGAAUGGUGGUUCGCCGCUUCCGAGUCAGCUCCGGUUCUCAGGAACUGGAUAAGCCGGCACCGCAAUUCGAGCUCGUCAAACGACAGAAUGCGAUAUCUUGUCGGCUGUGAGGUCAGAUGAGGGUUCGACCAGAUCCUAUUUCCCCUCACUUUAAGUUAUAUCACACAUGUCGUGACGUCGCGGAACGGCAAGGAGAGCAUGUCAGUGGUUAGGAGUGGGUAGGGUAGCCCUGCCGGUGGGUCCGUCGCUCCCGGGGGUCUGUUUUCUCUAGGCUUGGCUUCAGGUACCGUACCGCAAGCGCACACCGCCGAGGCCGCAGUGGAAAAGAUGAAAGAAAAACUGGGAAGGGACGUGAUUGUUAGUAAAGAGCCUUGGGCGCGGUUGAGUGAGCUCUUCUCCAUCUUCCCAAAAACUUGGAACUUGCACCCUCUCUGAUCCAACGCCCGAUGUCAUCCAAUCUUUCUCUAUCUCUGGGCGCAUAACGGGAACCACCCCGUCCAUACCGUACGCUUGUUCCACUUCUAGGUAUCCUCACCUACCGAUUACCUUACCUACCUACUUUUUCUUAAUCCUGCGUGUUGAUCUCCGUCCUGAUCCCGCGACCCGCACGCUAUGGUUGGCUUGACGUCAUGAAGUUCGCAAAAGAGCUUGAGCAGGACGCUGUUCCAGAAUGGCGCGUCAAGUAUCUCAAUUACAAGCAGGGCAAGAAGCACGUCAAAGCAGUCAUCCGAGCCAUCAACCGUGCAGCCGUCACGCCAACGCUGGCCAGGCGCGCAGAGGCCGAUCAGCACCACUACAAGACUCCCUCUACCUACUUCAACAUCGGCCACAACUUCACACCACCACCUCCGAAAGCGAACGAUGAUGGACUGCUUGGUGGAGAGCCGGAUGAGACAGGAAAGGCCAAGGCGGUCAAGGUGGUAGCAACUCCAGGGGACGAUGAGCGAUCAGGUCUGGCGAGGUCCCCAGGCAGUGAGGUUCAGUAUGGCAGCUUUGGUCCGGUGCCAUCUCGCUCGAGCUAUCGGCAUGACUUUGAGCUCCCUGCGCCGGCGAUGAGAGUUCCAUCCAGGACCAGUGAACACGGUGCCCCUUCUUCACCUCCCUUGAACCGACUCGCGUUGCACAGAAGCGCCUCCAUGGUAGCUACGGUUCCGAGUGGCUAUCAGACCCCCUCCAAGGUCAAUCUGGGUGCAGAUGGUACGCCUCGCCAACGCAUGUCUCGGCUCUUCACGACCGGAUCGACACACACGCGGAAUGCGUCCAACAGAUUGACUGGCGGGAACAAGAUGGAAAUCGGGAUGCAAAAUCUAGAUUCCGUCCGAUCUGCGGAACGUGACUUCUUCGCCUUUCUCGACAGCGAACUGGCCAAGAUUGAGUCGUUUUACAAGGAGAAGGAGGAUCAGGCGACCGAGCGGUUGAUGGCACUGCGAGCACAGCUGCACGAAAUGCGCAACAGGAGAACGGCCGAGAUCACGGAAGCGAGGAAGAAGCGCGAGACAGGCCGGAAUCGGAGUCCCAGUGAUGACGACGCCGGUGAGCAGCAGGGCAAGGACGGCAAUCGUGAUUGGAUCGCCCCCUUGAAGGGCAAGUUUUUUAAACCGGGACCCAAUUCGAAAGCCCUCCAGAGGAUGACACGAACACCGGUCAUGCACCCUCAAAACGUCGACGAAGGGCGGGACUACGUCCGGAGACCACCUGGAGAUGACGUUCCCUAUCGAAGCGCGAAGCGGAAGCUCAAAGUGGCAUUGCAAGAGUUCUACCGCGGCCUGGAGUUGCUCAAGUCCUACGCGCUGCUCAACCGGACUGCCUUUCGCAAACUCAACAAGAAGUAUGACAAGGCGGUUAAGGCCCGCCCGUCAUACCGAUACAUGAAUGAGAAAGUGAACAAGUCCUGGUUUGUCAACAGCGACAUUCUCGAUGGACAUAUUCGGACUGUGGAGGAUCUCUAUGCCCGCUACUUUGAGCGUGGAAACCACAAGAUCGCGGCUGGAAAGCUUCGAAAUUUGAACAAGCGCGCCGGGGACUCCUCUGACAGCGCGUUCCGCAGCGGCAUCACAAUUGGACUCGGAGGUGUCUUUGCAGUUCAGGGGUUGAUCUAUGGAGCAGAGCUUUUGUUCAGCGAGGAUGAUGACCUCCGAACACAAACUGCAUAUCUGAUGCAGCUGUACGGAGGGUAUUUCCUCGUGCUUUUCCUCUUCAUCCUGUUCACUCUCGACUGCCGCAUGUGGACCAAGAACAAGGUCAACUAUCCCUUCAUCUUUGAGUUUGACCAACGGAACUUUUUGGACUGGAAGCAGGUGGCGGAGUUUCCUAGCUUCUUCUUUGCGCUCCUCGGCGUUUUCAUGUGGCUCAACUUUUCGAGGUUGGGUGACUGGGAGGAGAUGUACUUGUACUACCCGGUCGUUCUGAUUUGCAUUACCCUGGGCAUCCUGUUUUUUCCGGCACCUAUUCUUCACCACAAGGCCAGGAGGUGGUUCUUGUACUCGCAUUAUCGGCUUCUCCUUUCAGGUUUAUACCCAGUCGAGUUUCGUGAUUUUUUUCUGGGCGAUAUCUGGUGUUCGUUAACCUAUGCCACCUGUAAUAUCGAACUGUUCUUUUGCCUCUACGCCAACUCCUGGUACGACCCAGAGCAAUGCAACUCGUCUCAUUCCCGCCUCAUGGGCUUCUUCGGCGCCCUGCCACCAAUCUGGCGUGCCCUCCAGUGCAUCAGGCGUUACUACGACACCAAAAACGUCUUUCCUCAUCUGGUCAACUGCGGGAAAUACACCAUGACGAUCCUUACCGCCGUGUUCCUGAGUCUUUACCGCAUCGAAAACAGCCAAGCCAACUUGAGUCUCUUCAUCACCUUUGGCACGGUCAACGCGAUCUACUGCUCCAUCUGGGAUCUGUUUAUGGAUUUCUCACUCCUCCAAGCCGGCGCUCGGCAAAAGCUGCUCCGGAGCAUUACCGCCUUGCGUCCAGUCAGCAUAUACUACAUCAUCAUGACCUUGGAUCCUAUCCUCCGCUUCUCCUGGAUCUUUUACGCCAUCUUCACACACGACAGCCAGCACUCGACGAUUGUUUCGUUUCUUGUCGCCUUUGCGGAGGUUUUCAGAAGGGGUAUCUGGACCUUGCUCCGUGUGGAGAAUGAGCACUGCGCCAACGUAGCGCAGUACAAAGCCUCCCGUGACACGCCCCUACCUUAUCAUUUGAAUACCUCUACUUCCAGCGUGGAGGAUACAACGCCCCCCGCCCAGCAGCAACAACAACCACCAGCGGGUCUGUUAGGUCCAGCUGCCAUCAACCCUGCCACUCCGGGGGUUGAUCAACAAGAUCAGAUCCGCCCGUUGGGCCAGCAUCACAGAAAACCAUCUACUAUUCCCCCUCGCACACCGGCAUCUCAGGUCCUCCAUCGGACUCCUACCAAUGUGGGAGGUGGUACUCCACAGAGCAUUGCAGUUAGUGACACCCCCGCAGAGGAAAGCGGUCCGGCGGCGGCGUUUAGGAGACGGUAUACAGACACUAUUGGGAAGAAGUCGAUUUUGCAGGCCAUGGCGGAGGCGCAUAAGCAGGACUUUGAGAAGAAGAGGUUGCCAUUGGGGUCGGAGCUGUCGUCCACGGCCAGACGGGGCAGCGCGAGACCUGAUGAGGGGGAUGAUGAGGAGAUUAAAAGUGAAGAAGAGGAGGAGGAAGAUGACGACGAGGAUGACGAGACGGGGAGUGUGGAGGAGGAGAGGAUGAGGGUCAGGGAGGCGGAGGGGUUGGUGAAUAGGGCCAGGGGGGUUAAUGCGGGGAGUGAGAGUGAUUAG